AUAGCCGGCUCUGCCCGAGCCAGCCGGGAGAUUGCUGUCGUACCUGCAGGAGCAGAAGAGGCAAAGCACGAGAGGAGCCGCGAGGAGUGACUCUCCGGAGCCAGCCCCGCCAGGCGGAGGAGAAGGACGGGCCCGGCCCGGCGCCGCUGUCCGGUGCCGCCGCCCCCGGUGCCCGGCGAGCCCCGCGGGGGGGCCGACCUGCGCGGCGGCGCGGGGCGCGCAUGGCUCGGGCGCUGCCGGGGCCGGGCACGGAGCCCGACCCCGGCCCGGGCGGCUCGGGGCGCGGGGGGAGGAGAGCUCCCUGCGGGCGGCGGCGCUAGCGGGGGUGCCGGGGCGGCAGAGCCCUCCCCCUUGGCGCCGAGGUGCGCUCGGCGGCAUGUGCUGAAGUGCCCCGCAGAAGCCGCACAAGUUGCCUGCGCGGCGCGGCCCCGGCGGCCGGACGGCGGGGAGCGCCCGCCGCCGCCGGCUCCUGCCCGAUCCCGUCCCGUCCUGCUCGGCCAGGGGCCGCUCCCCGGUGGGGCUGCCGGCAGCCAGGGUGAUGCGGCUCGUCGGGAAGUGAGAGGCGCGGCGGCGCGACCCCCUCCCCCCCCCGGGCCGAGCCCCCCUCCCCCCCGCCUCGGAGCCUCCCAUGCUCUCGGGGCCCCCUCGGGUGGCGGCGGCCCCGCGGGAGGCGGGGGCGGCGCUGCCGUGAUGGCCCUGGAGGAGAAGCGGGAGAAGCGCCCGCCUGUCACCCCCAUGAUGAUAGAGGAGGAGGCCGCCCUGCGGAACGGCAGCCGGGGGCUGCCGCCGGGACCCUGGGCCGAGGCAGCGGGGCCGAGACCCCGCACCACGGAGCGGCACAUCGCCGUGCACAAGCGCCUGGUGCUGGGCUUCGCCGUCUCCAUCCUGGCGCUGCUGGCGGUGACCAUGAUCGCCGUGCUGCUCAGCGUCCGCUUCGAGGAGUGCGGCGCCGCCGCCGCCGACGGCCCGCCGCGGGCCGGCGGCAACGGGAGCCUCCCGGGGGCGGCCCGGCAGCCACCCGGCGCGGGGCAGCCCCCCGGCCGGCCGGAGGAGGAGGUGCGGGGCGGGGAAGCGGCGGAGGAAGAGGAGGAGGAGGAGGAGGAGGAGUGGCAGCGGCGGCGGGAGCUGCCGCCCUGGGCCCGGCCGCGGCUGCCGCGGCACCUGCGGCCGCUGCACUACAACCUGAUGCUGAGCGCCUUCAUGGAGAACUUCACCUUCAGCGGGGAGGUGAACGUGCAGCUGGAGGUGCGCAACGCCAGCCGCUACAUCGUGCUGCACGCCCACCGCAUGCACAUCGAGGCGGUCCGCGUGGCCGAGGACAAGCUGGCCGGCGGGGUGCGGGUGGCCCGCUCCUUCCUCUACCCCCAGACUCAGGUCUUCGUCGUCGUCCUCAACCGCAGCCUGGAGGUGCAGAGGAGUUACAACCUCAAGAUCAUCUACAAUGCUCUCAUCGAGAACGAGCUGCUGGGCUUCUUCCGCAGCUCCUACGUCCUCCACGGCGAGAGAAGGUUUCUUGGUGUUACGCAGUUUUCUCCUACUCAUGCCAGAAAAGCCUUUCCUUGCUUUGAUGAGCCCAUCUACAAGGCCACUUUCAAAAUCAGCAUCAGGCAUCAAGCAACUUACUUAUCUUUGUCCAACAUGCCGGUUGAAACUUCUGUUUUUGAAGAAGAUGGAUGGGUUACCGAUCAUUUUUCACAGACCCCUCUCAUGUCCACAUAUUACCUAGCUUGGGCAGUAUGCAAUUUUACAUACCGGGAAACUGUCACCAAGAGUGGAGUAGUUGUGCGGUUAUAUGCAAGGCCUGAUGCAAUCCGAAGAGGAUCGGGGGACUAUGCUCUGAAUAUUACAAGGAGACUCAUUGAAUUUUAUGAAGAUUAUUUUAAAGUGCCCUAUUCCCUGCCAAAAUUAGAUCUGUUAGCUGUGCCUAAGCAUCCGUACGCUGCUAUGGAGAACUGGGGACUGAGUGUUUUUGUGGAGCAAAGGAUACUGCUAGAUCCAAGCAUUUCUUCUAUAUCAUACCUACUGGAUGUCACAAUGGUCAUUGUACAUGAGCUAUGUCAUCAGUGGUUUGGUGACCUUGUGACUCCAGUUUGGUGGGAGGAUGUGUGGUUGAAAGAAGGUUUUGCUCACUAUUUUGAAUUUGUUGGGACAGACUACCUCUACCCAGGGUGGCACAUGGAAAAGCAGAGAUUUCUGACAGAUGUCCUACAUGAAGUGAUGCUGCUGGAUGGUUUGGCCAGUUCACAUCCAGUAUCCCAGGAGGUGCAGCAAGCCACAGACAUUGACAGGGUGUUUGACUGGAUUGCCUAUAAAAAGGGUGCAGCUCUAAUUCGAAUGUUGGCUAACUUUAUGGGUCACUCUGUGUUUCAAAUGGGCUUACAAGACUAUUUAACCAUUCACAAGUAUGGCAAUGCAGCCAGAAAUGAUCUCUGGAACACAUUUUCAAAGGCUUUAAAAAGGGUUGGAAAAACUGUAAAUAUCCAAGAAGUAAUGGAUCAGUGGACACUACAGAUGGGUUACCCUGUUAUCACUGUCUUGGGAAAUGAAACUACAGGCAAUGUUGUUGUUAUCUCCCAAGAGCGUUUUGUUUAUGAUAGGGAUGCUAAACCCAAGGAUCCUGCCCUUGGAGACCACAGCUACUUGUGGCAGAUUCCAUUAACAAUUGCAGUAGGAAAUACGAGCCACAUCUCAUCAGAGGCAAUUAUAUGGGUGUCUAACAAAUCAGAACACCACAGAAUUCCUGCUUUGGAAGAGGCAAAUUGGUUGCUGGGGAACAUCAACCAGACUGGCUACUUCAGAGUUAAUUAUGAUAUUAGGAAUUGGAGGCUGCUCAUUAAUCAGCUAACAAGGAACCAUGAGGUUAUCUCUGUCAGUAAUCGAGCAGGCUUGAUCGAUGAUGCAUUCAAUCUAGCCAGAGCUGGUUAUUUGCCUCAGAAUAUUCCUUUGGAGAUUAUCAGAUACCUUUCAGAGGAGAAGGAUUUUCUGCCUUGGCAUGCUGCCAGCCGAGCUCUUUAUCCUCUAGAUAAAUUGCUGGACCGCACAGAGAACUACAACAUCUUCAAUGAGUAUAUUUUAAGACAAGUUGCCUCAAUGUAUCUCAAGCUUGGAUGGCCAACGAAUAACUUAAACAAAUCGCUUGUUCAAGCAUCAUACCAACAUGAAGAGUUGCAUCGGGAAGUCAUCAUGUUGGCCUGCAGCUUCGGUAACAAACACUGUCACCAGCAGGCUGCAACGUUAAUCUCGGAUUGGAUUUCUAGCAAUAGGAACCGAAUCCCACUCAAUGUGAGAGACAUUGUCUACUGUACAGGAGUUUCACUGAUGGAUGAAGAUGUAUGGGAGUUCAUUUGGAUGAAGUUUCAUUCUACCACAGCAGUGUCUGAGAAGAAAAUAUUAUUAGAAGCCUUAACUUGCAGUGAUGACAGAAACUUGCUCAACAGGCUUUUGAAUUUGUCUCUCAACUCAGAAGUUGUCCUGGAUCAGGAUGCAAUUGAUGUGAUAAUCCAUGUAGCUCGAAAUCCACAUGGGAGGGAUCUUGCUUGGAAGUUUUUCAGAGAAAAAUGGAAAAUAUUAAACACUAGGUACGGAGAAGCAUUAUUUAUGAAUUCAAAGCUUAUUAGUGGGGUCACAGAAUUUCUCAAUACUGAAGAAGAGCUAAGAGAGCUAAAGAACUUUAUGAAGAGUUAUGAAGGGGGAGCUGCUGCUUCUUUCUCUCGUGCUGUGGAAACAGUGGAAGCCAACGUGCGGUGGCAAAGGCUUUAUAAGGAAGAACUAUUCCAGUGGCUAAGAAAAUCCUUGACACACUAAUCUGUCUUUACAGCCAACCAUUUAACAGAAAACUCUGCAAAAGGAAGAGGAGUCACGUUAGAAGUGUUCAACAUUAAAAUCAUGAAGACAAGAUCAGAUUGCAGGGAUAAGAUUUUUUUCUUUUUUUUUUUUUUAACUGUGGGAUUUUUUUUUACACUGGGCUCUUGUGAAAUUGUCAAGAAGCUUUUCAGGAGAAGAUCAUGAAUGCUUGUGAAAUCCAGUCAUCAGUGUGUACAACCAAACAUAUUAAGUGGUGCAUGUAAAUGUUGAAGAGAAACAAACAGAAACCCCUUCAAAGACUAUUUUCUGCAUGCUUGUACCAUCCCUGCCUGUAUUCUAGCAUGCUUAUGUGUAGCAGCCACAUUUUGUAUGUGAGUUCCAGUUACAUCAAAGAUGGGCAUUAUACAAAGCACAAAGACUAUCUACGACAAUCAGUGUUGCAAUGAACAAGAGGAAAGCAAGGAAAAGGAAAUGCAGAAGGCUUCCAACUUGGGGCAGUAUGAGAUGUAAAGUCAACUUUCCUGCUAGCUGCCAAUUGGUCUACCACUCAUAUUGUCUCUUAAUCAUUACAAAGAUGCCAGCUCAUUUUUUUUAGUUGCCAGUUGUUGUACCAGCAGUCUCCAUAUUCCCAUAUUUAAAUUAGCAGGAUAUAUAGAGACAGGAGAGAGAAGGGGGUGAGGAGUGGGGGCGAGAGAGAAAAUGAGAAGGACAUCAUCCAUGCAUUUUAAUCAUGUACAUUAUUCACUGCCGAUCAGUGGAACAGUAGUUCUAGCUGUGAAUGUAUGCAGUGUUGGAGAGGAACUUUGCAUUGAUUUCACAGAAUCCAUGAACCACCUCUUCUCAGCUAUUUUACAAGGAGUGAUACUGACAACGGGUCACCCAACCUGUUCAGCUGAUAGUGCACGAGUAUUAUAAAUAAACAUAAGAUUCAAAUGGAAAUCAGCACAAAAGGAUAAUAUCUUGCAUGCAGACAUAAAAUUACCCAAGAGGGCUGUCUUGCAUGUGGUAGACCAGCCUCUGUAGAGAUUUAAUAUGAUGGACAGGUCAGAUUCUCUAUGUGGGCAAUACUUUUGCAAAUAUGAGAUGUACCAUUUAUGCCUACUUAGAAAAGUGAAAUAUGGAGAAAAGGGUGUGUGUGUGUGUUAAUUUUUGCUGGCUAAUACCAAAAGCACCAUUUUCUUUCUAUUUCCUUGAAUUUCACAUGGACUGUUGUAGAUGAGUGAUACUUUUCUUAAUCAUAUGUGUAUUUCUUUCUUCUCAAUCCCUAAUCUGAAAGAUCAAGGUCAGUGACAUGGUGGAACUGCUACUUGUAUAAUGACUAUCUGGAUAAAACUGAUGGGCGCUAAAUACUCUCCUAUGUCUAUACCAGGGAGAAAAAAACCCCACAAAACUAUGGAGAGUUUUCAGGAGGUAGAUUGCAGGAGCUUCAGAGGAGGAAUGUAGAUGUACAACAGUGGGGUUUUUUAAUCUCAUCCCAGCCUGUCACAAUUGUCUGACCACACCAUGGUCCUCAACAUAGGGAACGUGGCCAGCCAAAGCAGAGAGCAGCCAUUUUAUCUGGUUGUUUCCUUCACAAGGCAUGGAAGUUACCAACACACUUUAUGAUUGCGGUUGCUUAUCCCCAGUAAGUUGUGAAUUGAUGCGCUAGUGCAAAAAGAACCAAACCCAAGCAUGUUCAGAUAUUAUCAGAGUUCUGUGGAGACAGUAUUCUUUGCGAGACUCUCAUUCCCAUAGUACUCUGCUCCUCAAGACUGGUAGAUGCAUCCCAUAACUAAGCUGUUGUACCCAUCCUGAGCCUGUCAUUUUGUGUCUUUUACUGUGCAGAGGGUGCUGUUUGUGGAUUGGGUGCAUGAAAUCUUUGUGUUGGGCAUUUGCUCUGCUGUUCGGUGCUGUGUGGCACCACGUUAGCUUGACCACAUGUAGCCAAAAGAAGAGGGAGUCCUGUGCUCUUGUACUGUUAACUCUUUGCCUUAUAAAUAAGCCCUAAACCUUUGUGCUGUGUUGCAAUGCUAGUGAACCUAAUGCCCAGAGACAUGAUCAUGUCCGAGUUGAGUGAAAUCCUCCUUCUCCUCCUAUGUAUUUUACCUACCUCACAGGGGUGUUGUGAGGCUUGACUAAUGUUAGCAAAGCACUUGAAUAUCCUCUGAUGAGAGGCAUUUAAAAUUGCAAAGUAUUAUUUUAUGUGGUUGACCAAACUCAACCUCAAUGCCAGUAUGUAGCAUCACAUUUUUAAUUUCUACUGAACAAAAUCAUAUACAGAUUUUUUAUAAUAAAAAUAAAGCCAAAUAUUAUUUAAUAUAACCUCUACCCUGUAGUGAAGGCCAAAAUCAUGAUAUCCAAAGAGUGUGCAGAAAACCAAUUCCUCAAACGUGAAUUGUUUUGAGGAUUUCAGAGAAAAGAAGUGUGUAAUGGUCUGUCCCUUUGCGAUUUUAUUCAAGACUGUCUUUGAUGACUUUUCUUUUUCAGCACCACAGAUUAAACUACGUACUUCCAGGAUGUGCAUAGAAGUUUCUGGUCUUUGCACUGGUAAAGGGCAGGCUAACAAUAUGUUCCAAAGUCAUAAGUUUAUUUCAGCCUGUGUAUUAUGCAGAGUGCACAGAAUUUUCCACUAUUGCUCAUUUGAAUUGAAGUUAUUGCACAUUUAGUUGGUGUUGGAUGUAAAUUAAUAUUUUAGUGGCCUUGAGCAACUGGUCUACCACAACUAUCAAGCCCUAAAUGUAUUAAACAUACCUACUGAUGUAUUGCUUAUAAUUGUUGUAUUCUAGUAAUGUGAUAUUACUGCUACAGCUAAGGUUGAACUGGCCUUUCCGUUAUAAUUCCCUAUUCUUUUAUUUUUUAUAUUUUGUAUUUUACUGUUUCACACUGAAUCAGGAUUAAAUUUAAAUGGAUUAAAUCCAACAAAACUAUAGGUGUUUUCUACAAUAUUCAACCCCCCUGCAUUUAAUUAUAUGACUUUAGAAAGUUGUUUUUAAUAGGAAGUUGCACACAGCUCUGUGAUAAAGAAUAGUUGAUACCUCAUGGAAAACUCUAUUACAGUCUGCUUAGAAAAAUCUAUUUAUCUUACUGAUUUUCUUUCUCCGUUACCAGUCCUUUUCUUCUUUUGUCCUUAUCUAAAUAUGGCCCCCAUUUUUAUAAUUUAGAUUGUGAUUAAGAAGCCAAAACUUUUCAGCAUUUUCAAAUGGAUUUAAUUUUGUGCUUUCUAAGGAGAGGAGAUGCUGCAAAAUGCGGGUCUAGGCUGGACAUGGACCUCACCAAGGCCCUGGGCAUCAUUUUAUAGAGAUUUGAUAAGGCCUCUAUGUCUAAUCAGCCUUUGUAUGACUCGGGAUCCUUUGCCAUUAUUAAUUGAUAUGGCUGGCUAAAUCAUACAGGAAAGCAUAUGAAUAGACAUGAUUUUAUUCCAGCAUAACAAUGCACCUACUGCAAAGUAUCUAUUGUAUUUUUAUGGCAUUUUCCACUACAAAAACGUCAACCUAUUGCUUUGUAGCUGGUAGAAUUAUUCAUGUAUCCACUGCUAAUAGCUGUUAAAAUGAUAGUAGCUACUAAUUGUGACUAGGACAGAACAAUGCGAAAACAUUGUUCUAAAACAAAAUGUCACCACUUCUAUUACUGGGAGUACUUGGGCAUUGAUUUUGACUUCAUGUCUCCUUAAGUACAUCCAAAUUUGUGACCUUUGAUGAUCUUUUCAGUGAACAUAGCAAGAAUUGCAAUACUAUGUUGGGAACUGAAGGUGAAUUUUGCAUAAAUUUUGGGCUGUUGUGAAUAUUUCACUGAGCUUUAGAGUGUCAAAGGAAGUAUCUCCACUGAUGCAGAAGGGUGCUUUCACAGCAAAGAUCCUGAAUGACACAAUUAAAUCCUUAGUAGGGAGGAAUAAAAAAGGAAAAUUUUAUACAUAUAUAUAUUCAUGUGGAAAAUCCUCUGUAGUGAUAAUUUUCCCAUAAAAUGUCAGUAGGUCUGAUUAUUUAGAUAGAAUGAAGUGAAGCCAAUAUUUGAAGAUGAGGGUGCCUUUGUUUAGAUAUCUGCAUAAUAAGAUUUUGGUUUUCCACAUGAUCAUAGCCUAUACUGAAGUAAAUGAAAAUAGAUUUUGCAUCAAAUGUGCAGCUUCCUCUUUGAGGAAAAGGGAUGUGGCUUUGAAAAUUGUUCAUGUGUAUUAUCAAUUUACCACCACUCCUGUUAUGAGUACUCACCAUAUCAGGCUGCCUGUCCUAAGCAGGGUUUAUAGCCCCCGUGUCAGUACGAGCAUGAAGGAGUAAAAGGACCAUGCUGCUUCUGAGCAGCCUGAAUAGAGGUUGUUUGGCCAGCUUUGGAUGGAGCAGUCUAAAAACUGCUGACUGUAUCACUUGCCACUGCUGCCAGCCUGUGUCAGGAGGGCAGCUGGGAACCACUGAAGUGCAGAGAGGCGCCAUCCAGGUUUCUCUCAGCUGGAUGGGGCAGGGGGGAAGAGAAGAUGCCUUUUCUAAUCAUGAGUUAUGGGUGAUCUUCAGAGAUUGGUGUCAUUGCCUCGUGCUAGCAGGAAACAAAGGUCCAGCUGGUGAGCCUGCAUUUCCCAGAAAAAACUGAGCUCUGGUCGCCCCAGCUGGAAAGUGUUGACCAAAGUGCUUGUAAAGGUCUAGAAUAUAAUGUCCAUUCUUCAGAAGUAAUUUCAAACAGUCAAAUAUUUUGAAUUUAUCAGGUAUGCAUAAGGACACAGGCAGCCUUUUCCAUUAUGAAAAAUUACUACAAAUUAUUUGUGGUGGUAAUACAAGUAAUAGCAGCUACUGUACUAAUACUAAAAAAAACCCUUCAGAUGCCUGUCCAAACCUGUAUGGCACUAAUGACUGAGCAGUUCCCUUUUUACAUACAAAACCAUAAAAGAUUGGCCACAUUGUUUCUCAUAAGACUGCGGAAGCUUCCGCCUAUCUUAAACCAAAUACUGAAACCCAGUGAAGCCACUCUGACUUGAGCAAGUAGUCAAUGCUGACAUGAGUGAUUUAAUUUUCAGAGAGAGGGAAGGGGAGAAAGGGACUGCUGUGUGUAAGGAUUUUUCACCAAAGUAAGGCCAUGUGCCCUAAUCGGAGCAGAAUUUAAAAAUUAAGAAUGUUUUGAAGAAGCCGGUUAAACUUAGCUCCAUCUUGUGUCCAUGCUGCCAGUGGAGGUUAGCUUGAUCUCAGAAUACCCCUACAUGGUAAAACAGUUAGGUCGGUCGGCUCUUAUCAAAGACGUGUGGAGCCAGUUUCAUUGGGAUGUGUUUAAGGAGAAUCACUGACAUAAGCAAGUUCUGUGGGUCAGACCCAACGUCCUUUCUCAGAAAAAAAACACAUUUGGCUGAUUUGUAACCACUGAAGUUAGUGCAAUGAUGCCAAAUAGUAUUUCUGAAUGCUUUGCAUGUUUUAUGUGCACCAUUUUGUAAGGAUGUCAAAGUGAUGUUGGUAGAACGUAGAGGUGAGCAGCGUUGUGAGAGCAGAGGGGACUGUGCUGCAGCAAGCAGUGACGAGUUAGGAGGCUUUAGGCAGAGUGCCCCAGCGUUUCCUGGACAGCAUCACUUGGAUUUGCCUGAUCAGGAUAGCCUAGGCGCAACGAGCGAGGCCAAGAGCCAAGAUGCAGUCUCAACUCUCUGCGAUAUGUUUCAGUCCACUUAAUAUGUUCAUUUCUGUAACUUCAUAAUAACCUGUAGCCAAACUGAUGACACAUGUGGCCGCACAUCCUCCGUGGUGCACAGUGAGGUAGAUCCGUUGAAGUGACUGAUGUGAAUUGCAGCUGAGGAUCUAACCCAUUGCUCUCGAAACAGCCCCCUGAGGUGACGGCUGAGCAGGUGUACAGGAGGUUUUGCAUAUUUGUUUGCAUAUGCAUUUCAGUAGCACAUAUUGGAUGACAAAUUUUUUUUGUUUUCCUUUUGCUUUUCAUUAGAAUAAUACUUUGUGAUCAGUUCCAAUGUGAUAAAGCUUUAUAAUAUGUUUGGAGAACUGCAGAAUACUAUACUGUGAAGAGUGUGGCCACUCUGUUUUUUUUCCUGCAAACGGUAGAUUUCAGCAGAGGUGGACUUCUGUGGACUUAGACACUCUGUGAAAAAAAAAAUCUGACAGUUUCUAAUGGAAACAUCAUUGUAAUUACUGUAUAACUACCUUGUACAAAGUCAGCCUUAUUAUAUGUGUAAAUGUAAAUUUGUUAUGUUGUUUUUAUGUUUGAGGGACAAUAGGCUUUGGGGUGGGUGAGACGUAUAGCCUUAUAAAAAGAGAUUGUAGCUCCCUGUCUGAUGUUUUACAGGAAGGUGUUUGGUUGCUCUAUUUUUGCAGAAGAUAAACAUAAACCAGUUCCCUGAAAACUAGCAAUCUAUUCCACUACACACACAUCAAUGACAUAAAUGGAUCAUACUAUUGAAAAUAAAGGCUUGAUAAUAAAUUACAUUAUUUUCCCAAGAGACUCCACGUGUAAGAACUUUUGACACCUUAAGAAGAAGGAAGAAGUCCUGCAGCUAUUAAUGCUGGUUAUAAUGGAUGAGUCCCUCUAUUAAUUCUGUCUCAGCCUUAGAUUAAUUUUGAAUACUGUAAUUAGAAGAACAUAUUUUUCCAUCACUUCUCAAAUCUGUACUCUUUGGAAUUCAGUUCUUUGUAAAGUAAGAGGUGGAGCUCAGUUUAGAUACAUUUCACCAAUGGUUUCAUACAAACGAGUGUUUGCAAUAUCAGAAUGCCAUUUUCCUUUAAAGGAAAUACAGAUCGUUGCAUAAUGUCACAGUUUUUUCUCUAUGUACCAUAUACACAUGCAUGUAUAGCUUCUAGUUGUGGACGAUUUGCUUUGAAAAAGCUUCCAUUGGUUGUUUGUAUUUAUAGGUCUUACUCAAAGGUUCCAACUCAGCAAAGAAGUUGGACAUAGGCAUGAUGUGAGGCUGUGUUGACCAUGACUGAACCACGUAUAUAGGCAUGUAGGCAGUCCCACUGAUUUCUGCGGAAUUAAUCACAUGCUUCUAAUUAAUGUAUCAAAUCAUGCAUAUGGCUGAAACAGUCUUCCUGGAAAGUGAUUUAGGUUGAAACCUGUUUCUGCACAGGUUUCAGGUGCAGGAUAUGGUGAUGUGUUGCUGAGUUUAAAAUCACAACUUUCUAUAGAGCCAGCUGCUCUUCUCUCUUUUCUUUUUUUAUAGGAAAGCAUAUAUUUUGCAUAUAGAGGGGAGAUACUAACUGAUUCUCAGUAUAUCUAAAAAUGCCAAAUUUAAUAAGGUUUUUCAUUUAUUAUUUGAAUCAUCUUAGGAUUUCAGAAUAAAAGCAGAAUUAUUCUUACAAUGUUAAUUAUUGAAUAUAGAACUAAUGAGCAAUUUAAACCGUUGGCCAAAUAAAAUACAUGAAUUUCUGUUACAGUUUACCAAAACAGUGUUUUUCUAUGAUAUGCCUUUAAAAAUGACUCCAUAAAUAUGGGACCGCUAUGUGUUCAACAUAAAAUUUUUAUUCAACUCUAAGGACUGACUAAACAGAUUUUUUUUUU